GCAGACAGCUAGUUCCUUUCCCACAGCAUUGUGGGAUAUGCCACGUCGGCGCAUGCGUCUUCCGGAAGACACGACCACAAGAUGGACUACUUCCGAAAUUUUCUUGGAACUCAGCAAGGCGGUGAACAACCGUCUAGUGCUGAGACGAUUGAAAGAUUGUGCCAUCGGGUGCAAACCUCAUCUUUACUUGAAGACAGACGAGAUGCUGUUAGAGCUCUCAAGGCGUUGUCAAAGAAGUUCCGGCUUGAAGUUGGAACCCAAGCAAUGGAUGUUCUUACCAAAGUACUGGAGACUGAUAGGAGUGAUGUGGAAAUCACAGGUUAUGCUUUGGACACACUUUUUAACGUGAUGUCAAAUGAGCCUUCAGAAGAGGAUGAAAUGACCUCAAAAUCUUCUGUUGAUCUGGGAGAGCAGUUCACUGAAAUCUUUAUCAAGAAGCAAGAGAAUGUUACCAUGCUUAUUUCUUUAUUAGAGGAGUAUGAUUUUCAUAUCCGAUGGCCAACUGUGAGGCUCUUGACUGUGCUGCUGACCAACAGGCUUAAAGAUCUUCAAGAAUGCAUUCUUGUAAUUCCAAUGGCAGUAUCCAAACUCAUGGACCUGUUGGUUGACAGUCGCGAGAUCAUCCGCAAUGAUGCUUUGCUGCUUUUAAAUCAGCUGACAAAGGGACAUGCAAACAUUCAAAAGAUUGUGGCUUUUGAAAAUGCCUUUGAGAGAAUUCUAGAUAUUAUUGUGGAGGAAGGGGCCAGUGAUGGAGGCAUAGUAGUGGAGGACUGCCUUUUACUUCUUCUCAACCUCUUGAAGAACAAUGCAUCCAACCAAAACUUUUUCAAAGAGGGCAGCUACAUUCAACGCAUUUCACCAUUUCUGGAGCUGGGCUCAGCAUCAGCACCAAGCAAGCAAUCUGGUUGGUCAGCACAGAAAGUCACCAAUAUACACCUCAUCCUGCAGCUGGUGCGCACUCUGGUCUCCCCUAGCAACCCCCAGAAUCAGACUGUGGCUUGCCAGAAAGUAAUGAACCAGUGUGGAUUGUUGCAACAGUUGUGUUCUAUACUUAUGGCUAGUGGUGUGCCAGCUGAUGUCCUGACAGAGACAAUCAACACUGUUUCUGAGGUCAUUCGUGGGAACCAGGCUAAUCAGGAGUACUUUGCUUCAGUCUUGGCACCUUCCAAUCCUCCAAGACCUGCCAUUGUGGUGCUACUGAUGUCCAUGGUGAACGAGAAACAGCCAUUUGUACUUCGGUGUGCUGUGUUGUAUUGCUUCCAGUCUUUCUUGUACAAGAAUGAAGUUGGUCAGUCACAGAUCAUCCAGACACUUUUGCCUACAACUGCUGAUGUCAACACUAUCACAGCUGGCCAGCUGCUCUGUGGGGGUCUGUUUAGUACAGACUCACUGUCCAACUGGUUUGCAGCUGUGGCCCUGUUACAUGCAGUGAUUGGUAGAAAUACCAACAAUAGGGGACAACUGUUAAGGGUACAGCUGGCCACAAGUCUGGGUAACCCACCUGUUUCACUCCUGCAACAAUGCUGCAACAUUCUGGCCCAGGGCGCCAAACUUCAGACCCGCAUAGGUCUUUUGAUGCUUUUGUGUACCUGGAUGGCAGAUUGUCCAAUUGCAGUCAACCAUUUCCUUACAAAUUCAGCCAACGUGUCUUAUCUGAUUUCCCAAGUAUCAUCAUCAGAGGGAGAUGAGCUGGAACUGAUAGUGCAAGGACUGUGUGCCUUCCUGCUAGGACUUUGUAUGGUCUUCAAUGAUAAUCAAAAUUCAUCAUUCACAAAAGCAUCAUUAAAAGAAGUAAUACAGAACAGAAUUGGUGAAGAGGUUUUUGCAGACAAAUUAACUCAGGUUGCAAAAAACGAAAACUAUACUCGGGCAGCCAAGAAACCUCAUCUUAACUACAAGCAUCCUAGUGAAAUAGUCUUCGAUCAUGAGUUUACCAAACUGUUCAAGAAUCUGGAAAAUGACGUAUUAGUUGCUGUGUCUGGUGAGGAGAACUCUGGAUUAAAAGCAACUAGUCGCAGAGAACAUGAAAACCUUGUGGAAAACUAUAAGGAAGUCAUUAAAGAACAAGACCAAAAGCUGAAUGAUAUGUCCCAACGUGUCCUAGAGCUUCAGUCAAAACACUCCGCUGCUACAGCAACUAUUGAUGAGUUGAGAUCACAGGUUCAACAGCUAAAGGACCAGAAUGCCCUUCUAAAGGCCCAGAAAGGAAGCCAGUCUAGUAACCAUUUGCAAGGAACACCUCCUGGUGGUGAUAAUGUAGAGAAGUUUCAGAAAGAGAUACAGAUGCUCAGGUUUCAAGUGGCAGAGAAAGAUUUACAGAUAGAACAACUGACCACCAGUCUCACCACUUUAGAAGCCAGCCUAGCUUCUCAGAUUGGUGAUGAGAACAAGGAGAACAGCCCCAGUGAAGCAGCAGUACUUCAGAUCUCAAUCAAUAGAUUAAACAUGGAACUGAAAGAUCUGAGGGUGAACUGUGAUCAGAAAGACACCGAAAUAUCUACCCUCAGGUCUCAGCUCGAGGGCUCUCAGCAGGAUUUGCUACAGCUACAAAACAACUCUUCAAAUAGUCAGGGUUUUCUGGACUCAAGAGUCACGGAAAUGACUGAAGAGAUCAGGCGACUGAGCGAGGAGAAGACAUCCUUACAGGAACGCUUAAAGAAAUCAAAUGAAGAAAAUCUAAAGCUAGCAAACAAAAUCAGGGUCCUUGAAGAGGAACGAGAAGCAGAAGCAGAAGAUAAGCGGUCUUUAAAUGAAGAGCUGGAGACAUUAAAGAAGGAGCAAGAUGACCUUUUGGUACUGCUGGCUGACCAGGAUGGCAAAAUCAACAAAUUCAAACAACGUCUUAAAGACCUCGGCCAAGUUGUGGAAGAAGACGAAGAGGAAUUUGAUGAUGAGGAGGAAGAGAUGGGAGAAGAGGCCUGAUAGAUGGUGUAGGGUUUAAUGUUGGCUUUAACUUGUGUCAUUUCUUUAGCACUCCCCACAAAGGUCUUGCGUGACAAGAGUGUAGAUUGCCUUAUGCAAAAUGAGAUAUUUCCAUGCAAAAUAACAGUUGGUUGAUAUUAACAGGGACUUCUGGGUACCUUCUGAUAUCAUGAGACAACCCUGCACAUGAAAAUGGUCCUAUUACCUGAGUUGUCAGGAAAUACCCUUUCACCAUUACACUUCUGUUUAAGAUCCUGAAUAUCUUGAACAGCUAUUUUUUUUUUUUUUUUUUUUUUAUGGCUUGAAGCCUAUUUCUACAGAGACAUUAGUGCAGCUCCGCAUAGCUAAACGGGACAAGGAAUUGUGUUAUGGGUGAUGGCAAAUGUGCUUAUUAAAACAACUUUCCUAGAAAGGAACUCUGUGAAUAAUGAUAUAAAUUCAUGUUCUUUAUAUUGUUUUUUUGUAUGCAUCAUGGAUCUCUGGCACCCAGAUUUCUGAACUUGCUUGCAGAAAAGAGUGUUCUGUGAUUUCUAGAACUUUACUCUUUGCAGACUUCACUGUUUCUUCACAAAGAUUCUUAUUCUUUCAUUACUUGUGUAUUUCUGUACAGUUGCAAUGUACAAAUGCAAUGUAUUUUGGAUAUGCAGUGAGCUGGUAUACAAGAGUUAGGUUGCUAUUUCCAGGUUAAAUUAUAUCAUUUCAGUGUUGUGAUGAUCAAGAAAUCUGAGUUCAGACACUGAUCUCUGACUUGUGACUAGCAGCAGUGAGAAUAAGUUGAAGUUGUACAUGAAUUGUAUUAUGUGGAAACUUUGUAUAUUCAUUGUAAACUUGCAGAUGACAUUGUUAUGACAGCGUUACUGUUUCAGUUGUUGAAUACAGCAUAUUUUCUAGUA